AUGACCGAGGGAACCCGCCUUCGUGGCGAGGCCCUCCACCGGAUUGCCGGAUUCACGCGGGCCGGGAUCGCCUUCCUUCGGGAUGCCAGUGGACACGAGUUGGAGAGUUCGGGGCUCGAAGACCAGGUCACACUCCGGUUUGCGAUAUACCUCCCAGUCUUCCUCAUCGCGCUGCUUGCAAUCGCAUUGGUGGACGCACUGCUCUCAGUCACCCGACGUGAAAUCGAGCGCGUGAUGAUAAAUGUGGCCUAUCUUGUUGGGCUCCGGGGGUUCAAGGGCUGUUCUUACAUAUACCAAUGGGUUUGGACAGCCCGACACAACUUUUGUAGGUAUUUCCCCCUUCGUAUCUCUCCACAGUGGCUUUGA